AUGGAAAACUCAAAAAAGCAAGACUCCUUCUUCUUGAAGGGCAAGAAACUAAAUGGGAAUAAAUUUAAUAACAAGGUGAGACCAGAAGAAAAUUACGGCAAUAAUGAUUUUAAAGGUAAAGUUCAAAAUUUCAAACAAGACUUCAUAGGAAAACGUCAGCAGAAUUUUGACCAGAUCCGUGUCCAAAAAGACAACAGUGAUGAAAAGAAGCCAUUCGAUAAAAAAACUUAUAGACUGAAAAAGUAUAGUAAAAAGUACAAGUUAGAGCAAUGGGAAGAACAGCGCAAGAAGCUCCUGCUCCGGAACCUGCAGAAAGACCUCAAAACUGACGAAGGCGCCGGUACAUACAAACCAAAAACGUUUGAUGAGGAUGCAACCGAUGGCCAAGAUGUCACAGGCCGAUUCGUCAAACAUCCAGAUUUGAUAGAAAAAGAAAACGCAGAAAGAGUGGAGAAAGAGAAAAAGAAACCAACUCUCACUGCCAGAGAGAGACACGAAAAGGUGAAGCAAGACAAGUUAGAGAAGCGACAGCAAGUGCAGAAGAUAAUUGAGGAGAAAAAGCAGAAAAUGCAAGAGUACAAGAAGCAAAAGCAGGAGAAGUUUAAGAAGUUAAGUAGGAAAACUAAGAAGGGGCAGCCGGUGAUGACCGGGCGCUUGGAACUGCUUUUGGAGAAGAUACAGAAGAACAAGUAG